UUAUCUAUGUAACAUGUGACAUUUCUCGAUUACAUGAAAUUACGCAAUACUUUGCGCGGACUGGCAACGCCCCUCAAUUCUAAGGCGCUGUUGAAGACAACAGUACGGACCUAUGACCAGCACCACUAUCGCCACGGAUGUGCUGCUUUACGUUGGGCAUCUACGGUAACAUUCGAUGACGCUGCCAACUGGAACCUUCACAUCGCGGACGAUAGUUUAGAAGGCGUUGAUGAGCCUAAUGGGAGCGAGACUGCGGCUUCCAGAGCCCAUCCUGAAACCCCGUCUCGGUCAUUUGUUGGAUAAAUUGAUCGAGGAGGGAGGAAUACACAGGCUAGGCAACUUGCUAUCUCUUAUCCAGCCGCUGCACCAAACAUUCGACAAUCUUAAUCUCUGGUUCGAUGGGACUGACGAGGAAAACACCUACAAAGUGCACGCAGUCCAGGACAUCCUAAGCCUCUUCGCAAAUGUUGAUCAGCGACCUCAUUUCAUAGUAAAUGAAGAGCUCAAGAAACCGAAUUUCGGAAACGUGCAUCUAGAGCUGCCUGACUCGAGUUUACUCGCUCUUCAUGCAGUGUGUGCUCGUGUGGCUCAUAUUUCUGGCGCUGCUGAAUACUUUGAUGAGCUAUAACGGGACAAGGAAGAUACAUUAGUUGUAACUGAGGAUAGUCUCCCGUUGCUCAAUAACCUACUGUCUCCAUUUGCCGUUAUCCCGGUUCAAUGAUUGUUUAUCCUAUAUCCCAAGGCAGGUGCUUCAUGCAGCGGAGCGGAUUGGAUUUGAGCGAAAAAAUCAUUGUUUUCGGUUUGCUGGCAUCAAUCUAGGCCGAAUUGUUUACUAAUUCGUGUGGAUCUUCACCGGGAGUGUCAGUGAUGAGAGGCGCUCGGCGCUUAGAUAGUAGAUAAGCGCUUGAACGCCGUGUCCUUGUUAACUUAUUUAUGAAUCAUCAUUCUUGUUUUCCUUAUCCACAUUAUUACAGCGUAUUCAAAAAACCUUGUCAGUAGCGUAAAAAACGAGAUAAAAUAAAAUAAAAUCGAAAAGG